CUGUACUACCUGCCGGUGAUCCACUCGCUGGACAUCGUGACGUACAUGACGUUCGUGGGCCACUUGGCGCUGUUCCGGGCCAUCCGCGUCCGCGAGCAGAUGCGGAUCGUGCAUGGCCACCAGGCCACGUCCACCCUCAUGCACGAGUCGCUGGACCUGGGCGUCAAGACCGUGUACACGGAUCACUCGCUCUUCGGCUUCGUGGACGCUGCCAGCGUCCUUCGCAACAAGAUCAUAAAUUUCCUCGUGUUCUCGGUUAACACGGCCAUCGGAAUCUCGCACACGUGUCGC